AUGAUGGCUCAGAUCUGUGCAGCAAUGUUCCCCCUGAUGCUGAGUUUAAUUCUAGGAGCCUCUUCUUUCACCUGGAUUCUGACUCCAGCAGCUGCCUUCCAGUUGCCAAUCUGCCACCUAGUCAAUCAGACAAUUUCUCUGGAGAAAGAGGGCUGUUUCGGGUGUCAUCCAGUGGAAACAACCAUCUGCAGCGGGCACUGCUUCACCAAAUACCCCAUCAUGGCCAUACGAUUCAGCAAAGUGUACCAGCAUGUGUGCACAUAUCAGGACAUGUACUACAAGACCUUUGAGCUUCCUGACUGUCUACCAGGAGUGGACCCCAUUGUCACCUACCCCAUGGCUUUGAGCUGCAGCUGUGGUCGCUGCACCAUGGAUACAUCUGACUGCACUUUUGAGAGCCUGAACCCUGACUUCUGCAUGAAUUACAAUCCUGUUUACUAUUAG